UUAUGAUCGCUGUCGCAGGCAGUGAGUUAUUAUAAUGCCGUCAUGUAGAUCAGGAAAUGUAUUUGAAUAUCGGUGGAAUCUUGCUCGAAGGAUGACUUUUUCGGUAGCCAAUUGUUUCUAAAUCAAUAUCCCAAUAUUUGCAAAACUUGAUUCGGUUGCACAUGGGCCACUGCUCGGAUUUUGGCAGUAUAAAAGCCACUGCAAAUUUGGAGCUAACAACACAAUUCGGCGAGGCGUCAACACAGACCCACAGUUCAGUAGUUCAGUUAAUAGCUAGCGCACCAGGAUCGCAAGGAUUAGCAAAAUGUACAAGUUGGUGGUGUUCUUCGCUUUGCUUGCCGUGGUGACUGCCCGUCCGGGUUAUUUGGAGGCUGGUCCCUUGCUCCAUAGUUAUGCCGCCCCAGCUAUCAUCCAUGAACCGGCUCUGGCCAAGGUGGGCGCCAUCAUCAAGACCGUUCCCAGUGCCGUCUCCCAUCAGAGUAUCAGCCAGGUCCACAGCUCGGCCCACAUCAUCCAGCCGAUUGUGGCCCCCGUUCUGAAGACCUAUGCCGCCCCCAUCAUCAAAACCUAUGCGGCUCCCGCCCUCCACACGACCCUCCUCUCGUCUCCGUGGGCCGGACAUGGUUGGUCUGGUCAUGGCUGGGCCCCAUCCUGGUAUCGCUCGAGUGAGCCCCCAAAGGUCCAGUUCUGCCGAUUACCAGCUGGAAUGGUAGACGACGGGAGAGGCAGCGGCGUAGGAAGUGUGCACCACUGGGGCAGCAGCGGCAUAGGAGGUGUGGACAACGGGAGCAGCAGCAUAGGAGGUGUGCACCACUGGAGCAGCAGCGGCAUAGCUGACCACCGGAGUGGACUUCACCACCGGGGCCACGAUGUCCUCCACCACAUGCGAGUGGCUGUGCACCACCGACUGGCUCUGGUGGCUCACGGAGGUGGGCACACUCUUGACCACGGAUCCCACAUUGGCCAAGACGUUCUCCUGGACGAUGGUCGUCGCAGCUGGAGCGGCAUAGACCAAAGGAAAUCUGAUAUGGGUUUAAUUUCGGCUCGAAUUGUGACGGAUCGCAAGGUCAAAGCCAAAUGGCUGCUGUAUAAAAAGAUUACUGCAGCCCGGCAAUCAGCAGCAGUUCUCGCAAGAAACUCAAACCGAUCACUCGCAGUCCAAUCAGUCAAUACAGACCUAACCCAUUUACCGAAAAUGUUCAAGUUGGUGGUAUUGUCUGCUCUGCUCGCCGUAGCCGUUGCCCGUCCCGGUCACCUGUUGGAGUCCUCCCCGCUGGUCUAUGCCGCCCCAGCUGCCACGACCAUCGUCCAGGAGAAUGUCUUGGCCAAUGUGGGAUCCGUGGUCAAGAGUGUGCCCACCUCCGUGAGCCACCAGAGCCAGUCGGUGGUGCACAGCCACUCGCAUGUGGUGGAGGACAUCGUGGCCCCAGUGGUGAAGUCCACUCCGGUGGUCAGCUAUGCUGCUGCCGCUCCAGUGGUCCACUCCUCCUAUGCUGCUGCUCCUGUGGUGCACACCUCCUACGCUGCUCCUGCUCCAGUUGUCCACGCCAGCUAUGCAGCUCCUGCUCCAGUCGUCCACACCUCCUAUGCCGCUGCUGCUCCCGUUCUGGCCACAUCCUACUCCCAUGUGGCCGCCUCCUCGCCGCUGACCUACACCGCCACUGGUGUGUGGUAAAUCAGCUUCAGUCCGAUCCCCACUCCUCCGCUUCCAACCUCUGCCAGGUGACCAGG